UAGUUGGAGAGCCAUAAUAUGAGGUUUAAGAGAAAUUGAAGUAAAAAUAGGUUGGCUAUGAGUAGAACAACAGGAGGAAAAAAGUAGUGAAAAAUUUACUGAAAAAUGACUAUUUUUAAAGUGGGUCUUAGAAAAUAAUGGGUGAAAAUUUUCAAAUUUUUGUUUAAUAAUUUUAGUAAUACAUAUAAAAAAAUAUUAGAAAAGUAAAAAAAAAAAAUUUAAAAACUAUAUUGCUAUGUAUAGUAAUGAUUUUUUCAAACAUCAGAAAAAAAGUGUACUACAUGUCAAAAACAGUGCUGCAACUUUUUCCCAACAAAUCCCAACAAAUUGGGACCAAAUCAGGUGAAAAGAAGAAAUAAAGACCUUUAAAAUGACACAUGAAAUUGUUGCGGGGAGUUGCGGGAGCUUAUUUUAUUGACUUUUAAAGUUCGCGCAAGCAUGUGUGCGCGUGCGAUCGUAAUUGUCGGCGAGCGUAAAAAUUCGAAAUAAUAAGCAUCUUGCACUUUGGCUAGCGGAGUUUUGAUAAAAUUUGCAACAUUGGAUAUCGCCAAGAUGUCAAAAAGUUCCAUCUUCAUAUGAGCCCUGAUGAAAAAAGACUGGUUGCAAAUCGGGAGACACGAGUCAAGCAAGAAUUUCGGGAGCAGCUUGGUCUAAUUGUUGACCAGAGGCGGGAUGGAGGUGCUGGCACUACAACAACAGGAAAUGUUGCUCGCAAAGCUUUUCAAAACCCAGAAAUUGUUGCAAGAAUCUGUGAUGUCCCUGUCAAACUGGUUGAAAAUCUUGGAACACUCUGGUCUGCCCUUGCAUCUGGAUAUGCCAUUGAUCCAGACAAGUUUGGAGUUCUGUGUGAAGAGACUGAGAAGAUUUAUUUUGACCAUGUAAAAUGGUAUUGGUUGUCCCCAACAAUUCACAAGGUUCUGAAACAUGGAAAACAAAUCAUUGAAGCUUGUGUUCUUCCAAUUGGAAUGACCAAUGAGGAACCAGGAGAGGCUAACAAUAAAUUUCUUCAAAAAAUCCGUCUUUAUCAUGCUCGAAAAUCAUCCUGGCUCAAUGGCAUGUCUGACCUUUUCUUGAGACUGAUGGACAUCAGUGAUGCAAAGAUACAGGCUUAUGUCCACUGCAAAAAAAAGAAGCACAACUCAGAGAUCUUGCCUGAACCCAUCUAG